ACCCAAACCACCCUGAAGGUACACUGAGUAUCACAGCAUCAAAGGCUGGAGAGAGAUGAGUUCCCCACCCCAUGCGCUUCCUGUCCAGGUGGCCCGAGGCCCACUCCUUAAGAGGCAAGGCCCAGAGAGACACUGUUGUGGCUUGAGGAACAUCUAGUACACCUGACAUUUCCAUUAGAACAGUGGGACCCGAAUACCACUGGCAGGAAGUCCAUCUUCACAGCUGCCAACCCAUCUGUCAAACCCGCAAUCCCCUAGGAGAGUACGGCUGAAUGGAGGAGGAAGAUUUAAAAGUGAAUUCGUGGGCAGCGACAAGGAAACAGUAGCCGUGGCUAAGCUGACCCCAGAGCCCUUCCCUUCCUGGCCCUCCCUCUGAAUCAUCGCGCUCCAUUUGUGACGUGUCGCGGACGCCCGGCUCCGGCAGGCGUGGGGGCCCGCGGGUCCUGGGAGCCCCGAGGCGGCAGCGCGCGUUUCCACGCCGCGGUCCCGCGGGAAAGCCGGGGACGGUGGCGGCCUGGUCGAGGCCGAGCUUGGAUCUGGCGCCGAGCCAAGCAGGGCUGCGCGUCGCCCGGGUUUCGCCUUCCCUCGCGUGACCUCUUCCGUCCUCCCAGCCCUCGUUCUCCUGCCGCGACUGCAGCCGCACGCCCAGCGCCUCUCGCCUAACCCAGCGCCCCGGCCGCGCCUCCUUUUCCUCCUCCUCCCGUUCUCCUCCCCCGCCGCUUCCGUUUCUCGAGGGAAAGGCUGCUGCCUCCUGCUCUGUGCGCAUCCCCGGCUUAGGGUGAAACAAAGCACUACUUCAAUAUUGCUGCUAAGCCUUUGUGAUAAUUAUAAGCCAUCGGCCCAGAGGUGGGUGCCAAUUCCACCAGCAGCUGCAACUGAAAAGCAAGGUUCAGAAAUGUCAGAUAUCCUACGGGAGCUGCUCUGUGUCUCUGAGAAGGCUGCUAACAUUGCCCGGGCGUGCAGGCAGCAGGAAGCCCUAUUCCAGCUGCUGAUCGAAGAAAAGAAAGAGGGAGAAAAGAACAAGAAGUUUGCAGUUGAUUUCAAGACGCUGGCUGAUGUACUGGUACAGGAAGUUAUAAAACAGAAUAUGGAGAACAAGUUUCCAGGCUUGGAAAAAAAUAUUUUUGGCGAAGAAUCCAAUGAGUUUACUAAUAACUUGGUUUGUCUUUACCCUAGGGGAAAAGAUUAUCUUGAGGCUGUGUUCAACAGAGGAAGAAACAGCAGAGCUUCUUAGCCAAGUCCUCAAUGGUAACAAGGUGGCAUCUGAAGCAUUAGCCAAGGUUGUUCAUCAGGAUGUUGCCUUUACUGACCCAACUCUGGAUUCGACAGAGAUCAAUGUUCCACAGGACAUUUUGGGAAUUUGGGUGGACCCCAUAGAUUCAACUUACCAGUACAUAAAAGGCUCUACUGACAUUAAAUCUAACCAGGGAAUCUUCCCCUGUGGACUUCAGUGUGUCACCAUUUUAAUUGGUGUCUAUGACAUACAGACAGGGGUUCCCCUGAUGGGAGUCAUCAAUCAACCUUUUGUGUCAAGAGACCCAAACACCCUCAGGUGGAAAGGACAGUGCUACUGGGGCCUUUCUUACAUGGGGACCAACAUGCACUCACUUCAGCUCACCGUCUCUAGAAGAAACAGCAGUGAAACACACACUGAAAACACUGGCUCCGGGGCAGCAUUCUGCCCCAGUUUUUCAGCCGUCAUUAGCACAAGUGAAAAGGAGACUAUCAAAGCUGCAUUGUCACGUGUAUGUGGAGAUCGCAUAUUUGGGGCAGCCGGGGCUGGUUAUAAGAGCCUUUGUGUUGUCCAAGGCCUCGUUGACGUUUACAUCUUUUCAGAAGAUACCACGUUCAAGUGGGACUCUUGUGCUGCUCAUGCCAUACUGCGGGCCAUGGGUGGGGGAAUAGUAGACUUGAAAGAAUGCUUAGAAAGAAAUCCAGAAACAGGGCUUGAUUUACCACAGUUGGUGUACCACGUGGAAAAUGAGGGUGCUGCUGGGGUGGAUCGGUGGGCCAACAAGGGAGGACUCAUUGCAUACAGAUCCAGGAAGCGGCUGGAGACAUUCCUGAGCCUCCUGGUCCAAAACCUGGCACCUGCAGAGAUGCAGACAUAGAGGAACUCUAACCCCAGUAUACAUAUAUAGAGCCGAACUGUGAAACUAUUUCCCAUUAUCUCUCUUUUGAGGAUGGCUUUAUCCUGUUGCUGGUUAACAUUCACCUUCCUCUUUUGAGGAGCAUUUUUCCAUUUUGUAUUCAUAAUAAUGUUAAUUUCAAUAAAUGACAUUCAUGCAGCAAUUAUAUUGGUGUAUGAAAUUCUUGCAGUGAAUAUUGUGCUGUUAGUGCUACUUGAAACCCUUCAAUAAAAUAUGGA